GUUUAUUACGGGCGAGGAACUAGUCUGAGCUACAGGUGCUAGAAACCCAGGCUGGAGGAACAUCCCUGGAAAGCUACCAAUGAAAAUGGCAGCUGGGUGGCACAGUGGAUAAAGUGCUGGUUGGGCCUGGAAUCUUCCCAUGUUCAAAUCCAGCCUCGGACACUUAUUAGCUGGGUGACCCUGUUUGCCUCAGUUCCUCAUCUGAGAAGGAAAUGGCUAACUAUUCCAGUAGUUUUGCCAAGAAAACUCCAAAUGGAGUCACAGUUGAACGUGACCGAAACAACUGUUAACACAAAAUGUAUGUAUAAUAGAACAAACUAACAUCUGACACCUGAAAAGAUACUAGAACACUGAAAAGACUUUCAGAGCUGGAAAGCAUGAGGUGGUUGAAGCUUCUCCUUUUCCUGAUACAUUGUGGAGUCACAAGGGCUAUUCCAGGUCAAUUCUGGCACAUUUCGGAUCUGCACCUUGACCCAGAUUAUGAUGCCUCCCGUGAGCCUCUCCAAGUGUGUCCAUCGGCAGGUUCCCAGCCAGUGUCCAAUGCAGGUGUGUGGGGGAAUUAUCUCUGUGAUGCUCCCUGGAUCCUCAUCAACUCUUCCAUUUAUGCCAUGAAGGCAAUCUUGCCCAGCCCGGACUUCAUUCUCUGGACCGGAGAUGACACGCCUCACGUUCCUAAUGAGAAACUGGGAGAAGAAGCUGUGUUGAAAAUAGUGAAACGCUUGACGGAGCUCAUUCGAUUAGUAUUCCCAGAUACUAAAGUCUACGCUGCUUUGGGAAACCAUGAUUUCCAUCCCAAAAACCAGUUUCCAGUUGGAAGCAACAAUAUAUACAACCAAGUGGCAGAAUUGUGGAGGCCGUGGCUCAAUAAUGAAUCGAUCUCUCAGUUCAAAGAAGGAGCCUUCUAUACAGAGAGGCUGCCUGGGCCAAACAGGACUGGACGGGUCAUAGUUCUCAACACCAAUCUGUACUACAGCAGCAACGAGCAGACAGCCAACCUGGAUGACCCGGGAAGCCAGUUUCAGUGGCUGGAUGAUGUGCUGACCAAUGCAUCCAGAGAAGGAGAAAAGGUGUAUGUCAUUGGCCACGUGCCCCCUGGCUUCUUUGAGAAGACUCGAAGCAAAGCCUGGUUCCGGCCCAGCUUCAAUCACCGCUACAUGGAAAUCAUCCGGAAACACCAUGGUGUGAUAGCAGGCCAGUUCUUCGGUCAUCACCACACUGACAGUUUCCGGAUGUUUUAUGAUGACAAAGGGGGCCCCAUUGGUGUCAUGUUUCUAGCUCCUGGGGUGACUCCCUGGAAAACAACACUUCCUGGGGUGAACAAUGGAGCUAAUAAUCCUGGGAUCCGAGUCUGGGACUAUGAUCCAGUUACCCUACAACUUCAGGACAUGGUGACUUAUUAUUUAAACCUCACCCAAGCCAACCUGCAGGCCCCAAGGUGGGACAAAGAAUACCGACUGACCGAAGCCUUCCAGGCCCGGGACGGCUCAGCAGCCUCCAUGCAGCAGGUGCUGGACCAGAUCACGCGGGAUAACCGGGCCCUGCAGAGAUACUACCAGUACAACUCUGUCAGUUAUGACUUGGACCCUUGUGACCAGGGCUGCCGGGCGGAGCACCUGUGUGCCAUGAGGGAGGUGGACUUUGCAAACUAUGAAAGGUGCAUCAAGGCGGUGGGCUCUGCUUGUGGCCUCUCGGGGCCCCUGUUCCUCCUCUGCCUGAUGAUGGGGCUUCACUUGAUCCGAGCCCUGGCUCCCCAGUAGAAGAGAAGCAUUGUGGGGAGAGGGCCCAGGGCAGGCACAAGCUGAGGCCGAAAGCUGCAGGGCUGCUGGGGAGUCAGGGGCACAUGUGUGGAAAGAGCAGUGCACUGAGAAAGCCCUUCGAGCCUGGCCCUCCCCCCUCCCAAUCCCCUCUCCAGUAAUCUGCCAUUCAGGGACAGGGCACUCCUUGCCGUACCUCAAAGAAGGGAGGAUUUAUUCAGUUCCUCUGUGUGCCUAUUGUGAGUGACUAUUGUGCCAGCCCUUGACACAUCUUUCAUUUGAUCCUCACAACCACCCAGGGAGGGAGGCGUUAUUAUCCCCAAUUUAAAGGAGAAGACCAAGCAGGCAGAAGUGAAUUGGGCCCACUCAGCUAAUAAGUGUCUGAGGCAGGUUUGAACCCGGGGCUUCCUGACUGCAGGCUUCUACCCAGAGGCCAGGACCUUGGCCCUUUUCUGGACUCCAGGCUUUGGCUCUGUGCCUUAAGCCUUACAUCCUCUUCCUCUUCUCCACUUCCGGCUGUCCCUAGCUUCCUUCAGAUCUCAGCCAAAACAGCAUCUUUGGGGAAAGUCAUGGACAGUUUAUCCCCUACAUGUCUUUUUUUGCCUCCAGAGCAGGCACGGCCUUUUACCUUCUGAUUCCCAGGCUUAAGUCUGCAGUCUGCACAUAGUAGGUGUUUAAUAAAUGCUUGUGGAUUUGACUGAUUUACAGCCUUCUCUGAUUUCCCUUCCCA